AUGUGGUUCUUUAUUUUUACAAUCGUUGUAUUUUUAUAUUUUUUUUAUCGUUUACUGAAAUUUUGGAUAUUUGAUCCAUGGCGUAUUCACAAAGAUCUCUGGGCACAAGGAAUUCCUGGUCAAUACAAGCCUAUAAUUGGUGACGUUUUCGCUAUACGUCGUGCUAUUCUUGCUGACGAUCCAAUGUCUUUUAAUAUUGAAAUGACAAAGAAAUUUGGUAGUUAUUAUCAUGCAUCAUUUGGUCCUGUAGCUCGUUUAGUCAUUAGUGAUCCUUUAUUAAUUCCAGGAGUAUUGAAAACAAAUGCUCGUGCUUAUCAUAAAUCUACUUUAAUGCGACUUAUUCUUGGUACUCUAUUAGGAUCUGAAAAUCUUUUAAUGUCUGAAGAUAAUAUUCAUGCUCAACAUCGACGACUUAUAGCACCUGCUUUUCAACAUCAAAAUCUAAAUUCUAUGAUUUCACUUAUGAUUGAAAUAACAUCUAAUCUUCUUAAUAAAUGGUCAUUAGCUAUUAAUAAUACAAAUAAUAAAGACAAUAUAUUAAUUGCUGAUAUUCAUAAAGAAAUGACAGGUUUAACAUUAGAUAUAGUUACUGGAUGUGUCUUUGGAAGUGGAGUAAUGAAAGAUGAACAUAUACGAGAAACAAUAUAUGAAGGUGUUACAAAAACAUUAGAACAUGUUGAAGAAAGAACGUUCAAUAUGAUUGGUAUUAUUCCAAUAAUUAAUAAAUUACCAUUGCCAAGUAAACGACGAAUUGAUAGAUCAAAAGAAAAUGUUAGACAUGCUGUAGAACACAUUAUUAAUGAACGAAAAAAAGGUUUUACUAAAUCUGCAUGCAAAGGACCUGAUUUACUUGAUUUACUUUUAUCUGCACAUGGAAAUGAUAAAACAAGUCAAUUAACUGAUGAAGAACUUUUUGAAGAAGCAUUAACUUUUGUACUUGCUGGUCAUGAAACAACAGCUACUUUAAUGACUUGGACAUUAUACAAUUUAGCUAAUAAUCCAGAUAUAUGUCAUAGAUUAGAAUCAGAAAUUGAUUCUGUAUUGAAUGAUAAUGAAGAAAUAACAACAUCAACACUUUCUCUUUUAACUUAUACAGAGCUUGUAUUAAAAGAAUCAUUACGACUUCAUCAACCAGCUCCAUCAUUAGUUCGUACAGCAAUUGAAGAUAAUACUUUAAUUGCCACUGAUGGAAAAUAUAUAGAUAUUAAAAAAGGAACUGAUAUUUUGAUUAAUUUAUUUAUUCUUCAUCAUUCAGAAGAAUAUUGGAAUGAACCAUUUAAAUUUGAUCCAUCAAGAUUCAAUGAACGUCAUCUUGAUACAUAUUUACCAUUUUCAAUGGGACCUCGUUCAUGUAUUGGACAAAAUUUUGCUAUGUUAGAAGCAAAAAUUAUGUUAGCAAUGAUUGUUAAACGAUUUCGUUUUGAACUUAUACCUGCUCAAAAACAUGUUCCCGAUAUUGCUAUUACAAUGAGAAUGACGGAUGAUUAUCGAGAUUUUUCUGUUUCGACUUUGUCAUCAAUCGAUCCAAUAGAUAUUCCAUUGAAAAAUAUUGAUUUUGAAUCAUCGUUAGAUUCAUAUUCAAAUGUAUUUGAUAGAGUUCAACAUAAUUUUACUGCUAGUUCAGAAAUACCAUGUAUCAUUCUUAAUAAUGAAGAAGUAGACAAAAAUCCAUUACCAACUGUUGAUCAUAAUCGUACAUUUACUAAAGAAAUAUCAAAACCAAUUAUUAAUGCAUUUACAGGAAAACCUAUUAGCCCAAAUCCAUGGAGAAAAUUAUGUACAAAAAAUGUUCAACAUCACAUAGACACAGAUAUUGUUAUACCAAUUGAAACAUUCCCAAUUAAUUCAGAUAUACAACAACCGAUUGAAGACAAAAUGAUUCUACAAGAUCAAUUCAAUAAUAAAAGAGUAACACGUCAAUCGCGAAGGGAUAUGAUUCGUAAUCAACGAGCUAUCGACAGUAGUAAUGAUGAUGAUCAAGCAUUCGAACAAUGUAAUUUUUCAUCAGAUUUAAAUCAUUUUUUUGAAAAUAUUUUUGAAUUUUUACAAGAACAUCGAAAUCUAAAAGUAUUGGAAGAUGAACAAAAUACACCUAUACGACGCCGAAGAAAGAAAAGAAACAAUUUAAAAGAUUUUAUUGAUGAUUCAUCAUCAUCUUCUUGUUCUAAUGAAAAUAUCAAAGAACAUUCAUUAGAUGUUAAAAAAAAAGUAAAUCUUUUAAUUCAUAAUGAUCCGUUAUGGCAAAGACUAGCUGAUGUUUAUACAUCUGAAGAGUCCGAUGGAAAAAAUCAUUUAUUAACAGCAAAUACAAAUUUAACAAUUCGAUUAAAAUCUGAAAUUUAUACAUCCGAUCAAUCAACUCAAUCAUCUAGUCCUACAUCAUCAAGUUCUUCUUCAAUAAAAACUGAUCAUAAAUUAUUAAUGAAAGAAGACGAUCAAAAAAGAAAUAUUUCUUUUAAUUUUCUUCAAUCACUUUCCGAAUGUAUAUCAUUCGAAGAUAAACAUCCGGAUGCUAAACCAUAUUUUAUUCGAUCAGCAUUUAAGCUUAAAGAAAAGCGACAGGAAUUAGCCAACAAACUUUUAUUACUAUUUAAUCAAGAUGUUUUUUCUUCUCAACUAUCAGAUAAAGUCAGUGUAGUAUGGAGUGGUCGUUUAACAGCGACUGCUGGUCAUUGUACAACUCGACGAACAACACGUACUGCUGUAAUUACACUUUCGCAUAAAGUUUGUGAUUCACCUGAACGUUGUCGUGAUACCCUUUUACAUGAAAUGUGCCAUGCAGCUGUGACUUUAAUUGAUGGUAUUAUGGAACAUGGACAUGGACCUCUAUGGCGUCAAUGGACACGUAUGGCUGAACGAUGUUAUCCUUAUUUACCAUUGGUUUCAGUGAAGCAUACAUAUGAUAUUAUUUAUAAAUUUAUUUAUCGUUGUGUUCAAUGUCAACAUCAAGUUUAUCGACAUUCAAAAUCAUUGAAUCUUGAUAUUGAUUUUUGUGGUAAAUGUAUGGGACGAUUUCAAUUAGUUAUAAAUCAUAAUCAAAAUGAAAUAAAACAAGAAAAACAAACACCAAAAAAAACAAUUAAUAAAUAUAAUUUAUUUGUUCAAGAAAAUUUUCAAACAAUAAAACAAACUAAUCCACAUUUAUCUACACCACAAUUAAUGAGACAACUUAGUGCUGAAUAUAAAAAGAGAAAUCAACAACAAAUGAUUGAUUUACCUGAUUUAGAUCAAUUAAAAAUUUAA